ACUGUCGCUGUGGAGAACACGGAGCAUUUCCUGGCUGUCUCACAGAAACAGAUCCUGUAGACCAGAAAGGAGAGAAGAAGAACAAUGCCGUCCAUCACAGAGUUCCAGAAGGUCGGUGUCGGUCUGAUGGGAUUCGGUCUUUUCUUCCUGCUCUUCGGCGUCCUGCUCUACUUCGACUCUGUCCUGCUGGCCUUUGGCAACAUUCUGUUUCUGGCUGGUUUAACCUUCAUCAUCGGCUUCAGGAGGACGGCCCACUUCUUUUUCCAACGACACAAGUUUCGAGGAAGUCUUUUCUUUUUUGGGGGAGUGUUGCUGGUACUGUUCCGCUGGCCUGUCAUUGGAAUGGUGGUGGAGAGUUAUGGCUUUGUGCUUCUGUUCAGGUCAUUCCUCCCCAUGGCAGCAGGCUUUCUUCUGUCCGCUGUGAACAUCCCCUUCCUCAACUCGUUUUUCUCCAGCAGCCAGUCCAUAGUGUGAGCAGAGGAACGGUGGUGGACCGGUGAGGAGACACUGGGAGAUCUGUUUUGUCCAGCCGGCAGGAGAACUAACGAGUGUCACUUCCAAAACUGAGCUGUUCUCCACAUUUUAUUCUGACCUGUUUUAUUCCAAUUUUUCUACAAUUGCAAUUAUAUUGUUGAGUCUCUCAAUAAUCCAUCUUAUUUAUGAACUGAAACAAUUUUAGAAGUUUAGUCUUUGUCAUACAGUCAUGUGCAAUAGUUAAUAUAACGUGUGUGUGUGUGUUUGUGUGUGUGUGUGCGUGCAUGCAUGUGUAUGUGUAAAAAAGAUAAUAAAUCAUAUGACAUAUCA